AUGGAAGCUGGACUCAAGUCUCUCUCCGGCCAAAAUGGUGAAUUCAUUGACUCCUUAACACAGAUCAUGCAACGUGGGAACUUCGAAUGGAGAACUUAUUCUGUGCUGUUAUUGAAAUCGAUCUUCGAAGUGGCGAAUCCAAUGCAGCUGAUGAGUUUGAAACCAGAAUUAUUUGUUCAAUUAGUCCAAGUCUUGAAGGAUCAGAUCUCUCACAAAGCCACCAAAAAUACACUGAAACUACUGAUCAAUGUUUGUCCAUGGGGAAGAAACAGAGUCAAAACAGUCGAAGUCGGCGCGGUGCCAGAAUUGAUUGAUCUUUUACUCGAAGCCCAUGAGAAAAGGGACAGUGAAAUGAUACUAGUGGUGUUGGAUCAACUGUGCCAGUGUGCCGAAGGAAGAGCCGAGUGGUUGAACCAUGGAGCUGGGUUAGCAAUUGUGUCAAAGAAGAUAAUUAGGGUUUCGAAGAUGGCAAGUGAAAGGACUGUGAGGAUUCUAGUUUUUGUUUCGAAGUUUUCUGCAACUCCAAGUGUUCUUCAAGAGAUGCUGAAUCUUGGUGUGGUGGCAAAGCCUUGCCUGUUCCUUCAAGUGGAUUGUGGUAGCAAGACCCAGGAGAGAGCUAGAGAGAUCCUGAAAUUGCAUGCCAAGGCAUGGAAGAACUCUGCUUGUAUACCCAUGAAUUCGUUUUCUUCAUAUCCAUCUUAG